AUGGCCCUCAUGGGGGCUAUUGGCCUCGGUGUCUACUUCGCCAAACCUGCGCCUAGUCGGUCAUUCCCAGUGUAUUUCCAAGAUGGGGAGGUUGUUUACCCCCAGUUUGCCUAUCCAUUACGGAGGGAAAUUGUCCCUAUAUGGUUGGCUGCUCUGCUGGCGUUCAUUAUACCUUUCGUUUUCUUCACGUUAUUCCAAAUCAGAAGAAGAAGUCUGGACGACUGGUUAACAACAAAUCUAGGCCUUCUGAGAAGUCUAAUUACUGCAGCUGUAUUCCAAGUGUUUAUCAAAUGGUUGAUUGGUGGUCUUCGUCCCCACUUUUACGCCGUUUGUCAGCCGAAUGUUCAGCAGGGGUCUGCACCUUCAGGCGUUGGUUUCGCUAAUCUCAUGUAUGACCGAAAAAUCUGCACGGGGGACGAAAAGCAGAUCAAUGAUGCUUUGGAGUCGAUGCCGUCUGGUCAUUCCACCGCUGCUUGGGCAGGAUUCUUCUACCUUGCCCUAUAUUUCAACGCCCAGUUGAAGGUCAUGAGUGCACACAACCCAGCCUACUGGAAAAUGAUUUUGUUCUUCGCACCGAUUCUCGGAGCUUGCCUUAUAUCUGGUGCUCUGACUAUUGAUGAAUUCCACAACUGGUACGACGUCGUCGCUGGAGCCAUCAUUGGGACAUGCACAGCACUCGUCGCGUUUCGCCAGACGUUCGCAUCCAUCUUCGACUUCCGCUUCAACCACAUCCUUCUUCCCCGGGCCACCUCUCUUUUCCAUCGUCGCCCGUUCCUACCCACCGCGGGACGCGGCCCAUACUACACCUACCAGCCGAUGCAAGAAUUUGCCUCUUACGACCUUCCCUUUACCCGCGAGGGCGGUUGGGGAUAUGGAGGCGGAGAGCAGUCCGUCGGCGCUCCUGGGGAUGCUACGGUACUGGCAUCCGGCAUGGGGGGUCCCGGCAUCGGUGCCAGUGGAUUGGGAGCAGGCUCGGCCAUGACUGGAACCACUGGCAAUCACAUCGGGCGAGGCGGCUUGGGCCAGAACGAGGCGGGCGCAGGGUUCGGAAAUCAUAACGGCAACACCGACCGCCUCGGUCAUGCUAAUGCCGCUCCAACUGGCCCCACCUCUGGUGGUUUCGGCAAUGCCCAUCCUGCAGCUCAGCAGAUGGUUUAA